AGAAUAAGAUUGGAGUGAGAACACAACUCGCGGAUCAAAAAAAAGAACACAACUCCUCUUAAAAUACCCGAGCUUGUCAUCAAUUCAUGUAGCUGUAAUCAUCAAUCAGACUACAAAAAAAAUGGCCAAAAAAGCCUCCAAGUCUCGAAGAAAACCUGCUUCAGCUUCUGCCAAAAACCCUGCAAAUGGGAAACUCGUGGUGAAAAUGAAACCGACGGAGAAGACGAAGAAGCAAAGGAGACCCACGUCAGCUAAUGAUAAACCCAAAACGACGCCGAAGAAGAAGGCAGCGAAAGUGGACGCCAAGAAACCCAAGAAACCCCCGACUGCUUUCUUCUACUUCUUGGAGGAUUUUCGUAAAGAAUUCCAAGAACAGAAUCCUGAUGUCAAGUCAAUGCGUGAUAUUGGCAAAGCUUGUGGAGAGAAGUGGAAAACAAUGACAUAUGAGGAGAAGGUUCAGUACUAUGAUAUAGCCACAGAGAAACGAGCGGAGUUUGAUAGAGCGACGACAGAGUAUAACAGAAGGAAGGAAAGCGGAGAGGGUCAUCAAAGUGAGGAUUCGGAAUUCGAUGAUUAGGUAUGCUCGGAUUAUUUGGAUCAGGAAGGAAUUUCAAUAGGAAAUUAGGGAUAGUUGGAACUCUGGAAAUCAGCUGUGUGUCAGUUCCUUGUUCUUGUAGUGUAAACCAUUGGAACUCCACAUUUCUAUCCUCUCUAUGUAUAUCUUUUGGUAAUGGCAUUUGAUGUGAUCCAUUAUAUUUA